AUGCGUGCCUUCACCUCCAAGCUUAUGCUGCUCGCCAUCGCGACCGCUGCCGUAGGCCUGGUCCACGCUAACCCCGUUCCUGCUACUACCACAAAGCCAACAUCAGCUUCUACGCAGCCAUCGACUACCAAGCAGACUACGAAGUCUACUUCGGUUUCUUCCACCACCACCACGAAGCCUACGAUUGUCCUAUCGACCACCAGCAAACCGACCAGCGUCCCACCCUCCACCAAGCCGACUUCCGUACCUCCCUCCACCACCAAAUCGACCACCUCCGUUCCCCCGUCUACGACUAAAUCUACUUCCGUGCCCCCGUCGACCACCAGCACCAAGCCUCCCACAAGCACCUUGCCCGGCACGCCGUUCCCGACGGUCAGUCGCACCACCGUGUCCUAA